AUGAAGUUCAUGGAUAGGUACUUUCCAAUUCACAAGUAUCUUGAAAGAAGAGCUGACAUUACAAGUUUUGAGCAAGGAGACUCCGAAACAUUGUAUGAUGCUUGGGAAAGAUUCAAACUGUGCCUGAAGAAGUGUCCUAAGCAUGGGCUCGAUAGUCAUACUCAGAUGCAGCAUUUCACACAAGGAUUGAGAGCUCAAACUAGAAUGUUUCUAGAUGCAUCGGCAGGUGGAUCUUUGAAAAAUAAAAAUCAAACUCAAGCUAGAGAGUUGGUGGAAUCCAUGGCUCAAAAUGAGUACAGAGUUGAAAAUGAUCGUGGCGCAAAGAAGAAGGCAUGCAUGCUAGAGCUAGAUACUCAAACUGCUCUUUUGGCCCAAUCUACAUUGAUGAACUCUCAAAUGGCGGCUGUGUUGAAACACCUCACUAGCACUCCCAAUUCUCAGAUGCCAGUCAUGGCAGCUAAUGAAGUGAAAUGUGAUUUUUGUGGACAAGGGCAUGCCAAUGGCCAAUGUUUUCCUGAAGGGUCAGAAGAGGCAAAGUACCUAGCCAACUUCAAAAGGAACAACCCAAAGUAUGAUCCAUAUUCAAACACUUAUAACCCAGGUUGGAGAGAUCAUCCAAACUUUGGUUGGGGAGGAAAUCAAAACUCAAAUCAAUCUCAACAACAAUCUUCUUCACAAAACUCUCAACAAAGGAGACCUUCUCAAUUAGAGGACACACUUACUCAAUUCAUAAAGGUGACUCAAGGGAACUUCGAAGCUAUGAAGGUUAGCCAAGAUCAAAUGAAAGCCAACCAAGAUAUUGCCAACAAGAAUCAUGAAGCUUCAAUUAAGAACUUGGAAACUCAAGUUGGGCAAUUGUCAAGGCAAUUCGCGGCUACUCAAAAUAAUGGUUUUGAAGGUUCUACAAAGGAUAAUCCGAGGAAUGAAAGUUGCAAGGCGAUUAAUUUGAGAAAUAGAGUGGUUCCUUCACCUGAGAUUGUAACGAAGAAAAAGAUUGAAAAGGAGUUGGAGAAAAUGAUUGAGAUUGAGAAAGAGGAGUUAGUUGAAGAUGAGAAAGAGAAAAAAAUUGAAAAAGAGAAUGAUGAGAAGUUAGUUGAAAAGAGAGGCAAGGGUGUAGAGGAGAAAGAAAGUUCUGUCCAUGCCAAAUUGCCAUAUCCGCGCAAGAAGAAGGCAAAGGCUAAUGAUCACCAACAAUUCAAAAAGUUUAUGAAGAUGCUUCAUGAUCUCCAAAUUAACAUUCCUUUUGCUGAAGUGUUGGAACAGAUGCCUGUCUAUGCCAAAUUCAUGAAAGAACUUAUGACAAAGAAGCGGAAACCUCUUGAUGAUGAUACAGUGGAGAUGACAGAGGAAUGUAGUGCCAUAAUCCAAAAGAAACAUCCUCAAAAGAAGAAGGAUCCUGGAAGCUUUACCAUACCAUGUUCAAUAGGUAACAUCUCCGUUGGUCGAGCUCUAUGUGAUUUAGGAGCUAGCAUCAACCUAAUGCCAUUGUCAAUGAUGAAGAAGAUACCCGGAGCUGUUGCAAAACCCACAAAGAUGCAGCUCUCUUUAGCUGAUCGUUCUAUUGUACAUCCUUACGGCGUACUUCAUGAUGUGUUGGUAAGAGUUGCGGAGUUUGUUUUUCCGGCUGAUUUCGUCAUCCUUGAUAUGGAAGAUGAUGCAGAUGUAGAACCAUUGUUGUUGGGUAGACCAUUCUUAGCUACCGGAAGAGCAUUGAUUGAUGUUGAGAUGGGAGAACUUAUGUUGAGAACACAUGGGGAACAAGUCAUGUUUAACGUGUUCAAAGCUAUGAAACACCAUGAUGAUGAGCCACAAUGUUACAAGGUUGACGUAAUUGAGGAAGUGGUAGAAGAUGUCUUAGUGGAAGAAACACCAUCCUUACCAUUAGAAAGAGUAAUUGUUAAUUCCAUUGAUGAUUUGGAAGAGGAAUGGGACAAGGAGAUUGAAAUUUGUCUCCGUCAACUUGAAGCAUGUAAAGAAGAAGAAGCACAAAGAGAUUUUGAAAAUGUGUAUGCUGUGGAAGAGAAAGCUAGUGGUAAGGAGGACCUAAAAGUUACUAUUCCAGAGUUGAAAGAGCUUCCCCCUCAUUUAAAAUAUGUUUUCUUAGGAGAAGAUGCUUCACAACCAGCAAUCAUAAGCAGCAGGUUGAGUUCUUUGGAAGCAGAGAAGCUAACUAGAGUCUUGCGAGAAAAUAAAGAAGCCAUGGGUUGGAGCAUCUCUGAUUUGAAAGGGAUUAGUCCCGGAUUCUGUAUGCAUAAAAUAAAAAUGGAAGAUGAAUACAAACCUGUGGUGCAGCCUCAAAGAAGACUAAAUCCAACCAUGAAAGAAGUGGUGAAGAAAGAGGUUCUUAAACUUCUAGAAGCUGGUAUGAUUUAUCCAAUCUCGGAUAGUGCGUGGGUAAGUCCUGUCCAUGUGGUCCCGAAAAAAGGUGGUAUGACAGUUGUGAGAAAUGAAAAAAAUGAACUGAUACCCACUCGCACCGUCACUGGGUGGCGGAUGUGUAUAGACUACAGGCGGUUGAACUCGGCAACAAGGAAGGACCAUUUUCCUCUUCCAUUCAUGGACCAAAUGUUAGAAAGGCUUGCAGGGCAGGCCUAUUAUUGCUUUUUGGAUGGAUAUUCUGGGUACAAUCAGAUUGUGGUAGACCCAGAGGAUCAGGAGAAAACAGCUUUUACUUGUCCUUUUGGAGUAUUUGCUUACCGGAAGAUGCCUUUCGGGUUGUGCAACGCACCGACCACAUUCCAGCGGUGUAUGCUAUCUAUUUUUGCUGAUAUGAUGGAGGACACAAUCGAGGUAUUUAUGGACGAUUUUUCUGUGUUUGGUAAGUCUUUUGAUAAAUGUUUAGCCAAUUUGAAUGCCGUAUUGAAGAGAUGCAUAAGUACCAAUUUAGUUUUAAAUUGGGAAAAAUGUCAUUUUAUGGUUAAAGAAGGUAUUGUGCUUGGACACAAAAUCUCCUCAAAAGGCAUUCAAGUUGACCAAGCAAAGAUAGAGGUUAUUAAGGAAUUGCCCCCUCCCGUUAAUGUUAAGGGAGUGAGAAGUUUUUUGGGUCAUGCCGGUUUCUAUCGGCGUUUCAUCAAAGAUUUUUCGAAAAUAGCAAAGCCCUUAAGUAACCUCCUUGUGAAGGAAAAUGAAUUUAAAUUUGAUGAUGAAUGUUUGAAUGCUUUUGUUGUGAUUAAAGAAAAGUUGGUCACCGCGCCCAUAAUCGUUGCACCUAAUUGGGAUCUCCCUUUUGAAUUAAUGUGUGAUGCAAGUGAUUAUGCGGUUGGAGCGGUGCUUGGCCAACGACAUGCGAAAUUUUUCCAUGCUAUAUAUUAUGCAAGCAAGGUUUUGAAUGAAAACCAAAUCAAUUACACAACUACUGAAAAAGAGUUGCUUGCAAUAGUAUUUGCUUUGGAAAAAUUUCGCUCUUAUCUGAUUGGAUCGAAAGUUGUUGUUUUUUCAGAUCACUCGGCACUUAAGUACCUCCUCACAAAAGGCGACUCAAAGCCUAGACUCUUGAGGUGGGUACUACUUUUGCAGGAAUUCGAUUUGGAGAUAAAAGACAAGAAAGGUGUGGAGAAUGUGGUCGCGGACCAUUUGUCAAGGUUAGAAAAUCCAAUGGUGACCACAAAAGAGAAGUGCAUUAAUGAAGAGUUCCCGGAUGAAAAAUUGCUGGUGGUUUCUAAAAGGCCUUGGUUUGCUGACAUGGCUAAUUUCAAAGCAGGAAAUGAAAUUCCGGAGGACUAUUCCUAUCAACAAAAGAAGAAAUUCUUUAGAGAUGCUAACUUCUAUUUUUGGGAUGAUCCAUACCUAUUUAAGGUGGGGCAAGAUGGCUUGAUCCGUAGAUGUGUUGAUGAAGAAGAGGCGCAAAGUAUAAUGUGGCAUUGCCACAGUUCUCCAUAUGGUGGUCAUCACAGUGGUCCACGAACAGCAGCAAAGGUGCUUCAAAGUGGUUUCUUUUGGCCGACACUGUUUGCAGAUUGUGUAGAGUUUGCUAGAAGAUGUGAUAAUUGCCAGAGGACCGGCAAUGUUUCAAAGCGGGAUGAGAUGCCUCUAAACCAAAUGCUCGAAGUAGAACCUUUUGAUUGUUGGGGGAUUGAUUUCAUGGGACCUUUUCCAUCUUCACGGUCUAACCUUCAUAUAUUGGUGUGUGUAGAUUAUGUUACAAAAUGGGUGGAAGCUAUUCCUUGCCAAGCAAAUGACUCUCAUACCGUGGUCAAGUUUCUUAAAGAAAAUAUUUUUACUCGGUUUGGGGUUCCUAGAAUUCUCAUUAGUGAUGGAGGCAAACAUUUUUGUAACAAAUACUUGGAGAAUGUCUUGGAGAAAUACAAUGUCAAGCACAAGGUGGCCACUCCAUACCAUCCUCAGACAAGUGGACAAGUUGAAGUAUCUAACCGGCAAUUGAAACAAAUUCUGGAGAAAACGGUUUCUACUUCAAGGAAAGACUGGUCAAUGAAGCUUAAUGAUACACUUUGGGCUUAUAGAACCGCGUUCAAGACACACUUGGGGUUCUCUCCGUACCAACUAGUUUAUGGCAAAUCAUGUCACCUACCGGUUGAGCUAGAACACAAGGCAUAUUGGGCUGUGAAAUUUUUAAAUUUUGAUGCAGGUCUUGCGGGUGAGAAGAGAUUGCUUAAGCUGAACGAACUUGAAGAAUGGCGGAUGCAAGCAUAUGAAAAUGCCGUGAUUUUUAAAGCAAGGACAAAGAAGUAUCAUGAUAAAGGGUUGGUAAGAAAGGAGUUUAAGAAAGGACAGCAAGUCUUGUUGUUCAAUUCUCGUUUAAGGUUAUUCCCGGGUAAGCUGAUGUCUCGGUGGUCUGGUCCGUUUGUCAUUAAGGAAGUUUUUCCACACGGGGCUGUGGAAAUUUUUACACCAGGAGAGGAGGAGAAAUCUUUCAAAGUAAAUGGACAAAGACUCAAGUUUUAUAAGGGAGGAGAUUUUAAUCGCCACAAGGUGGCAGUACUUUUCAAAGACCCUUGAGGUUUCGAGACCGUCAAGCUAAUGACGCUAAAAGUAGCGCUGCUUGGGAGGCAACCCAAGGUUUUAUUUAACCGUAAUAGUUUUUCUUUUGAUUUUUUGUGUUUUGCAGGUCAAAUUGAAAAAAAGAGGAGUGUGAAAAGUGUACAACCAGGAAAUUACGUUUGGGGCGGAAAAAAAUGGAGCCUAAGGCGUAAAAAUAAGGAUGAAAAGUGGGUGCUCUCUGUUUUGCCGUUUGGGGCGGAAAUUUUUGUGUUUGGGGCGUAAAAAAUACUGAAGAAAGUGGCUGUCACUUAUUUUUCCGUUUGGGGCGGAAGGGUUUACGCCUAGGGCGUAAAAAUUCUGAAGAAUUUUGGGUGCUCUCUGUUUUGCCGUUUGGGGCGGAAAAAGUGCCGUUUGGGGCGGAAAAUUAUACUGAAAAAAAUGGUGCUCUCUGUUUUGCCGUUUGGGGCGGAAAAAGCUGUGUUUGGGGCGGAAAAACUCGUUUUAGGCGUAAACAAACAUGAAACCCUCAUUCUUUCUCUCAAACUUCAUCUUCUUCAACAAACCUUAUCCUUUCUCACAAAACUUCAUCUCCUUCCUCACACAAAUCCUCCAUUAACAACCAUCCAAACCUUCAAACCCAACACAAAUCCUUCAUUAAAACAACAACCACAACAAAUUCACCCAUUAUCUUUC